AGAACAUGAGUUUAGCUUGUUUUUUAUGCUCCCUGCACAGGAGCUUCAGUUUGCUACACUUCAUGUCAUCUGUAAAAGCUCGCAUUACAUUACGUUAUUUUUACAGCACGUCUCACUUUUUAAGUUAACUGAAUAAGAUGGUCUGAAUCUCAACAUAUGUAACCGGUAUCUAGGUAAAGCUAGUUAUCCUCGGUGGUUAGGAUCCUGCUUGAGGGGACACUAUCUUGAUUUAAAGAAACAUCCGUUAAACAAAGUAUAUAACUGUUAAAGUGAGCUAUUUUUAAUAGCUGGAACACCUUAUACCCCAGAUAAGGAAAUAAUUGGGCAGCUUUGGGAAUUGAUACGAAAUUUCCCUUUCUGCACUUUUAUUGUGUCCAGUGGUACAAACAAAAGAAAAAAAUGUCUUUAAACUUGUUUUUCUCGUUUUUCUGAAUAGCACUGAUUCAGUUGUGCCGUUACUAGUUGUUUUACCUCUAAUAAAUAAAUAAGUUUAUCUAACUAGUUUAACACACAAAGUAUUUACUGCAAGGCUGCUAGACUGCAUUGUUCUGAAAGGGUUUUAUACAGCUUAGAGUUGGUCAUUUGUCCACAUUAACCUGUGCUCCCCCAUAGGCUUAAUGGUGGUCUGGAAUAUAGAUAAAGAGGUCUAUAUUUAGACCAAGUCAGCAGGAGGCUUUUAAGAAGCUAAUCUGAGAUGGGUGUUGGGGGUCGGGCAAGGCUUUCACAUGUUAGGUUUAUUUUGACAGUUUCAAGUUGAUAUAUGCACAAAAUUCCCCUUAUAAACUCAUCUUUCUUAACGUAGAGCAGGUAGAAAAGCAUAACAUGCCACAAAAUGUCUGCAUUUAGAAAUUAGCAGUAAUUUGCAACUUUCCACAGACUGCAACUGGGCUCAAUUCAGUUCAGUUUUAAUUAUAAAGUGCAAAAUCAAAACAACACUCACCUCAAGGUGCUUUAUACUGUAAGGUAAAGACCCUACAAUAAUGGAGAAAACACCAACAAUCAUAUAAACCUGUAUAAGCAAGCACUUGGCAACAGUGGGAAGGAAAAACUCUCUUUAAACAGGAAGAAAAGAAACCUCCAGGAUCACGGUGUAGCCAUUUGCUGCAAGCGGUUGGGGGUGAUGGGAGGCAGAUGUGGCAAAAUACUCACUGUGGAAGAGAGCCGAAGUUAAAUAAUAACUAAUGAUUGAAUGCAGAGUGUUGUUAUAAACACGCAGAGAGUGAAAAGAGAAGGUAUUAUGAUGCCGGUGGUUCAGUUGCUGAGAGCUGCAUUGAAGCAUGCUGGGAACAGGCCCCCACGCUGUGUUAUGCAGACGACCUCUGCAGUACAUGGCGUCAGAACACAUGCUUCGUCCUGCACUGAUGGUGACAAACCCAAAGUCCUCAUUACUGGAGGACUUGGACAGCUGGGGGUGGGGCUUGCUAAGUCGUUAAGCGUCAAAGGCAGCUGCGGUAGCACCCAAAAGGCAGAGGAAGAUGCUAACCAUCGCACAAAAAGUUGGACUUCUGGACAUGCUAAAGGAAGGAGGAGAUUUGGAAAAUUCAAUGUGAUCCUGUCUGACAUCCGGAAACCCCCCAACCAUGUCUACAAUAACGGUCCAUUCAUCUUCUCUGACAUUCUGGACUAUAAGAACCUCAGGGAGAUUGUGGUCAACAAUAACAUCAGCUGGCUGGUUCACUACUCAGCUGUGCUGUCCGCUGUGGGGGAGCACAACGUGGCCCUGGCUAAAGAGGUCAACAUCACAGGUUUCCAUAACAUAUUAGAUAUAGCCAACGAACAUGGUCUGCGUGUGUUUGUCCCCAGCACAAUCGGUGCCUUCGGUCCAUCCUCCCCUAAAGACCCCACUCCUGAUCUGUGUGUGCAGAGGCCACGCACUAUUUAUGGUGUAUCCAAGGUCCACGCGGAGCUGAUGGGUGAGUACUACCACCAAAGGUAUGGGCUGGAUUUCCGCUGUCUCAGGUAUCCAGGCAUCAUCUCAGCUGAUUCCCAGCCUGGAGGAGGAACCACAGACUACGCCGUCCAAAUCUUUCACGCAGCUGUGAAGAGCGGUCACUUUAAGUGCAACCUGCGCAGCGACACACGGCUGCCUAUGAUGUACAUCGAUGACUGUAUCAGGGCCACUAUGGAAUUCCUGGAGGCUCCAGACGACGUGCUCGUCAGCCGCACCUACAACAUCAACGCCAUGAGCUUCACGCCACAGGACCUCACCUGUGAGAUCCAGAAAGUCCUGUCUGACUUCAAGGUGACCUACAAUGCGGAUCCUGUCCGGCAGGCGAUCGCCGACGGCUGGCCAAAAGCACUGGAGGACAGCGCAGCGAGACAGGACUGGGGCUGGAAGCACGAGUACGACCUGCCGCAGCUGGUGCAGACCAUGCUGACUCACAUUACUCUGGGAAACAAGCUAGCGCGAGCCUUCUGAAACAUUUGCAGCAUUUUUGUAGCUUUAUUUAAAAACUGAAUGUGACAGUCUUAAGUAGCAAAAUCUUAAAACGUUUUUGUGUUUUUUUUUUAAAUUAUCAAGGGCCUGCGUGUAGCCUCCGUAUGUGGGUUGAUGUUUUAGUUGGGAGAAAUCCCUGGCACUUUGGUAUGCUCCCAUAUCUUUUAGCCCUUGAUAAGUUACCCAUAGCCACAAAUUCAACCCUCGACAGGAUGGGUGCACUAAUCAUUGCUUCAGUUAGACGGGAGCGCAUUGUUAGCACCGGUAAUAAGUAAUAUUAUGUGGGAUUUCCUGCAAUUAGCUGUAAAGAAUUAUGAAUGAAAUCAACAAAUGAUCUGAUAUCCCCUCACAGGAGGAUUCACAGGUACACGUUUUACUAGCGUCUCAUCCAUUUGUCAUGUUAUCUCAGAAGAGAAGUUCAACAUGUCAUGGGUACUUGUGACUCUUCCCUGCAGAAACUCUUGUGAGGAUGAUUUCUUUUUUCAAACUCCCCUUCCAGAUGAGCUUGGAUCUUUCUAGCAGUGUACAGAGAACAGGCCCGAGGCCCAACAAAGACUCUGAAGAUGACAGGCAGAAAGUCUAAAAAGGAUGACUUAAAUUGAAAUUUCCACAAUAUGUUUGUUAAGAAGCAAAACAAAAGGCAUUCCUACUGAACCAUCAACCUGAUGCCUCUUUUCUUUUCCUCUCUGUGAACCCGUCCAGCAUUUGUGCUUAGUGUGCUGCUAGAGAGCGCUGGAUGUUUUCACCAAAGCAAGCUGCUGAACUUUUAAGAGUUAUGGUCUCUUUCUGAGUGAACAUAGUACGUAUGUGCUGUGUCUGUAAGUGUGCUAACAGUCUGUUGCGGUGUGCCUUAAGGGGCACGUCUGCCACACUUGAAAAUGACCUGGCUUUUAGUAAGAGCUUCACUCCCACUGUUUACUAGUGUGAACUGUGUCCUGAAACAGUGGUGCAGAUAACUGUGGAAAUAGUGACCCUACACAGUACUGCUGCAGGGACUGCACAAGGUAGGCAAACAGAAAAGGAAACCUAGCAGUGCUCGAGGCCUUAAAAUAGGUGCAGCAAAGGAAAUGAGCUUGUAGAUACUGCUUGAUCUUUGCACUGGUGUGUUUUGGGCAUUUUAUUCAUUUAUUUAUUUAUAUGUUUUGGGGUGGAUUGAAUGGAUUAACGCGUCAGCAUUAGCUAAGCAGGGCUCUUCUGUGUGGAGGUGUAAAAAGAAAGGACUGGAUGUUCUGUUAAUGUUUGUUAUUUAUAAAGAUAUUAUUUCAGAAUUAUUACUGUUUUUUUAAUAAAUCCAUUUUA